UCUGAGUCUGGGACCGGUCGUGCAGUCCUCGGUCCUCCGUCUCCCUGGAGGUGUCUCUGUCUCCCUGGAGGUGUCUCUGUCUCCCUGGAGGUGUCCCGGUCUCUCUCUCUCUCUGCUGCCCGCCCUCACUCCACCUGUCCCCGGCUGUCAGUCAGCAUGUCUCCGGCUCCGCGCAGCUUCACCCAGCAGGAGGUGUCCCGGCACCGGACCCCGGCCUCCUGCUGGGUCCUGCUCGGGACCCGGGUCUACGAUGUGACCGGCUUCCUGCACCUGCACCCCGGCGGAGAGGCGCUGAUCCUCGGCCGGUCCGGACGCGACGUGGGCCCGGAGAUGGAGGGACCACCGCACCGGCACUCGGAGAACGCGAGGCGGUGGAUGGAGCAGUACUACAUCGGGGAGCUGGAGCAGGAGCAGACCGUGAGAGAAAGGAGAAACGCCACCGAGCAGACAGAAGGAACACUGGCAGGAAAGACGACGGACAAGAAAGAAGAGGAGGAUCAGAACGACGCAUACAACCGCUGCAGCCCUGUCGACCUGGAUAAGGACCUGGUGGACUGGAGGAAGCCCCUGGCCUGGCAGGUGGGACACCUGGGAGAGAAAUAUGACGCCUGGGUUCACCAGCCGGUCGACCGACCAAUCAGACUGUUCGGAAACUCCUUACUGGAGGCCGGCACCAAGACGUCCUGGUAUUGGGUACCAGUGGUGUGGCUCCCUAUUGUGUUUUAUCUCAGUUGGUACUGCUUCACAACCCUGGCACAGGGCACCACACGGAUAGCCCUCACUUCAGAUGUCUCACUCUCGCUCCAUACGUCCAUUUUCCCGCUGCUCUUUCUGACGGGCUGGUUCUUGUGGUCAUUGGUCGAGUACUGCAUCCAUCGCUUUGUGUUUCACAUGAAACCUCCGGCCCAUAACUACUACCUCAUCACGUUACACUUCCUGCUGCACGGGCAGCAUCACAAGUCUCCGUUUGACGGCGCCCGGCUGGUCUUCCCCCCCGGCCUGGCCUCCCUGGUGGUGGGCAGUUUCUACGUCCUCCUGCAGCACUCGCUCCCAGAGAUCCUCGGGAAGUCCGUGUUCGUGGGCGGACUCUGCGGCUACGUGGUCUACGACAUGAUCCACUACUACCUUCACUACGGCUCGCCCAAGAGAGGCUCCUACAUGUACAGCCUGAAGGCGUACCACGUCAAACACCACUUUGAACACCAGAGGGCAGGAUUUGGAAUCACCACCACGUUCUGGGACCACCCCUUCAACACAGUCAUCCCCGAUGAGAAGUUCUAGCGCAGACCCGGCUCUCGUGAAGGGCCACAGGACUUGUCAGCCAUCUUCUUUAGAAACCAGCUCACAUGCUACAAACCCCCCCGACGUCAGUUCAGCCUCUGAAGCCGCAGCUUCC